AUGAUAAUAAGAAUAGAAGAAAAAUAUGUAAGCAGCGCUGUGCAAGAGUGGUUUGAUUGCCUAAAGUCUGAUGAAGAUAUUCUGGAAGAAGAUAGUAAAGAAAGUAGUAAACUGGUCGAAUAUAGAAUAGAAAUAAAGGAAGAUGCUGAAGGAGGCUUUACUUGUAUUUAUGUGGACAAGCUUAAUAUAGCACACCAAGUGGCUCUGGACAAGCUUGAAUAUGCUCUUGUAAAGGUUAUUGGGUCUCUCCUUGGAUACGAAUCGACCACCCUUCAUGGAUUUACAGUAAAGGAUUCCAGUGGAAAGAAAAUGAAGCCAGCCAUCCCAAUAUUCUUUAGAACAACUCUUGGAGUUCGGAUUCCAGAGAAGUUGGAGUAUUUGAAGGGCGGUUAUACAGACCCACCGGAGAUGGAUGAAGGGAUGAUGAUUCCAUUUGCAUCCACAAGCCCGAUUAUCAAGUCGUUGUUGGCCUCUGUGUCCCUGAGAUUCUCAUCAGAAAGCACAAGGGUUUUAUUGACACUCUACAAUGGAUCUAUGUUUAUGAUGCCGGACACAGCUGACAUAAUCCCUAUGAUCCGUGGAAUGCAGUCCAGGGAAAGCAUGGGGUUGUUUCUCAAGCUCCUGAAAGGCUUCCCAUUCAAGUUUGUAGAAACCUUCAUAAGAGCAUAUCAGCAGCCCUCCUCGCCUGCGAUCAACAAAGAACUGAGUAACUGCUUUUCGGAAUUCCAAAACAAUCUCACAAAGCCUCACAUAAGAUGUAUAUAUAAAAUAGUGUCUAGUGCUCCUGUGUUCUUUGAUGCCCGGGACAAGAUCACUGAGAGGAUUGAGAAGUUUUAUAUCUACAAUGCAAAGGGAUUCAAAAGAAAAAGAGGCCAAUAUCUCAAAUGCAGAGAAGAGCUUUACAUUGACAGAAAUCCCAUUGGAUCAUUGCUGAGAUAUUUCAAAGACCUCUGA